AUGGCACACGUGAGGAAGCUCCACGCUUGGUCAUCUUUUCUACACCGAGCCUCCACAUUCAACAGCCGGACAGCAGCUUCUCUUACCCAGGCGGGGACCAGCUUCCUUCCCCGGUGUGGACAUGCCAUUGUACCGCAGUGCAGCAGAGCUUUUCGCCUCUCUGGUUUCACCUUUAGGCACUCCGACGACUUCACCGUAAACACAGGUUACACACAGGACGAAGAUGAUGGUGAAGACGACUGGAUGGAGGAGAAAGAAGUGGAAGAGCUGUUCCAAGAGCUGCAGCCCACCACAGCUAUUCCAGGGGACCAACAACAGGUCUUUGUGCUUCACCCCAAUGUCAAGUGGGGUAGCAGGAAGCAACAUUUGACCACAGCCGAGCUGAUGAUGGCAGAGGCUGUGGCGUUAGUCAACACGUUGGACAAGUGGACAGUGGUGGAUCGGCUGGUUGUGUCCACCAAGACACCGGAGAAGAGGAAGAUCUUUGGCAAAGGAAACUUCCAGAUGAUUACUGAGAGAAUCAGGCAGACGGCAGGAGUCACUGCUGUUUUUGUCAACGUGGAACGUCUCAGUCCGUCGUCAGAGAGGGAGCUGGAGGAGGCAUGGGGGGUGAAGGUGUUGGACCGAUACACGCUGGUGUUGCACAUUUUCCGCUCUAACGCCAAAACCAAAGAAGCCAAGCUGCAGAUCUCGCUGGCUGAAAUCCCUCUACUCAGGUCACAUCUGAAGAAUGAAUUCUUCAACUUGGACCAGCAGGGUGGAGGCACUCGAUACAUCGGGGGCUCAGGUGAGACGCAGCUGGAGGUCCAGCAGAGGCUGCUGAGGGAGCGUGAAUUGAAGAUCCGCUCGGCGCUGGAAAAGCUCGGCAGGAAACGGCAAAUGCUUCGGUCACGCCGCAAGCAGAAGGAGUUCCCGAUUGUCUCUGUGCUGGGAUACACCAACUGUGGCAAAACGACGCUAAUCAAAGCGCUGACAGGCGACGCUGGGCUUCACCCGCGAGAUCAGCUUUUCGCCACGCUGGAUGUGACGGUGCACGCGGGCGCUCUACCCAACCGCCUCGCCGUCCUCUACGUCGACACCGUCGGUUUCCUGUCGCAGCUGCCUCAUCGGCUCAUCGACUCCUUCGCCGCAACGCUCGACGACAUCAAGCACUCGGAUGUUUUGCUCCACGUGCGCGAUGUGAGCCACCCGGAGAACGUCAACCAGAAGGCCAACGUGUUGAACGUCUUGAAAAACCUCCGAGUGCCUGACACGCUCCUGAGCUCCAUGAUUGAAGUCCACAACAAGAUUGACCUCCUUGAAAACUACGAUUCCACGGAACCCGAUGUCGUGGCCAUAUCGGCACUGGAUGGCCGCGGCCUGGAUGCACUGAAGGCAGAAGUGGAGCAACGCGUGAUGGCGGCGACCGGUCAACAAGCGCUCAGCCUGAAGGUGGACCUCGGCACACCGCGGCUCAGCUGGUUGUACAGGGAGGCCGCCGUGCGGGACGUCAAAGUGGACGCUGACGAGGGGUCUGCCGUCGUUGAGGUUGUCAUCGGCGCCGCCGCUUACGGACGCUACAAGAAGAUGUUUGGCGAGGGACAGGAUACGUAUGACUGA